AUGUCCGCCGCUCCCACCACCCUGCUGAGCCUGGCGCUCUGUCUGGGCCACACGACCCGCACAAGGGCAGGGGAGUCUUCUCCCCACCCCCUCUGCACCCCGCAGGCAGACCCCGGCGCUGUAAGACCCCAGGGGCGGCCUGUGACCGUUGUGUGCAGAGGCCCUGCUGGGGCUGAGGAAUUCCGUCUGGAGAGGAAGGAAAAUAGGAGUGACUUCCAGGAUGAGAAAGCUGUGUCUCAGAUUGCGCCACAGCAGACAGAGGCCAGAUUCCGCCUCACCGCUCUGAGUAGAGACGCUGCGCAGCAGUAUCAGUGCCUCUAUCGAAGAGGUGAUCGGUGGUCUGAGCCCAGUGACGCCCUGGAGCUGGAGGUGACAGGGACUGCUGUGAAAAGCAGACGAGAUCAGAGAUGGGGGUUCUUGCGCUUGGGGUGGGAACCCAGAAGGAGGCCUGCCGACAGAGCACGUUUACAUUCUCGUUGGGGUCCCUGCGGCCUUGCUCCUUUGCCUCCUCCUCCUGGGCCUUUUCCUCCUCCGUCGUCAGCGCCAGAGAAGACGGGGGCCCCCCAGCAGCAAAGGCUCCGCCCAGCUGCUGACGUCCCAGGUGGGACACCAGAUCUGGCCACUGUUGACAGACUUCCUGAGAAGAACGGGGAAGUGGACACCUCAGCUCCUGCUGCAGGAGGCCCCCAGGAGGUGAUAUAUGCCCAGCUGGACCACCUGGCCCUCACACAGAGCGUGGCGGGAGCUGUGUCCCUGCUGUCCGCAGAGCCCACGGCCAAGUCCAGCAUGUACGCAGCCCUUGCCAGGCACUGA